UUCCUCCUUUCCAGUACUUCAAGCUCAGGCGGUUCCUCUGGGUGCAUUGCUGGGGUUUUCAGCCUAGGAUUUUUGCUCUUGUGGAAGGGGGUGUUGCUUGCGAAAAGCCUCCCUUGAGCGUAUAGAUUUCAACUUCAUAGUGCCAAGAUGGUGGUUCUCUCGAAGGAAUACGGCUAUGUGAUUCUCACCGGUGCUGCCAGUUUCAUCUUGGUAACACACCUUGCCAUCAAUGUGGGGAAAGCCCGCAAGAAAUACAAUGUUCAGUACCCAAACAUGUACAGCACAGACCCUGAAAAUGGACAUCUCUUCAACUGUAUCCAGAGGGCACACCAGAACACGUUAGAAGUGUAUUCCUCCUUCUUAUUCUUUCUUGGAGUGAGCGGAGUCUACUUCCCGCGGGUCGCUACAGGACUCGGUGCAUCUUGGAUCAUCGGAAGACUGCUUUAUGCUUACGGCUACUACACAGGAGAUCCCAAGAAACGAAACCGAGGAGUCCUCGGCUCUUUGGCGCUUCUCGGAUUGGCAGGGACCACCGUUUACUCUGCUUUGGUGCAUCUUGGCUGGGUGUGCGAUCACUAGAUGACACCUCCUCUAUGGCUUCCUGGGAAGCCUUUAAAUCUUUCAAUAAUGCAAUUAUAUUUUAAUUAUUAAAAAAAUCAAAUAAAAGCCAACACUAACCAUAA